AUGGAAAGUGCCAAGUCUACCUACGAUUUCGAUCUGUUCGUCCUUGGGGCGGGUUCUGGUGGCGUGAGGGCGUCGCGCAUCUCAGCCAAGGCUGGCGCACGCGUGGCCAUCGCCGAAGAGUCCCGCGUGGGUGGCACAUGCGUCAUUCGCGGCUGCAUCCCCAAGAAGCUGCUUGUCUACGCCAGCCAUUUCUCAGGCGAUUUUGAGGAUUCGCGCAACUUUGGUUGGUCGGUUGAUGUGAAGGGCUUCGAUUGGAAGAAGCUCAUCGACAACAAGGACAAGGAAAUUGAUCGUCUCAACGGCAUCUACAAGAACCUGCUUGCCGGCUCUGGCGUCAAGCUCAUUGAGGGUCGUGCCACCCUCGUCGAUGCCCACACCGUCAAGGUGGGCGAUGCUACCUACACGGCGGAGAACAUCCUCGUCGCCGUAGGCUCGUGGCCGUGGGUGCCCACCAUCCCCGGCAUUGAGCAUGCUAUCACUUCCAACGAGGCCCUGGAGCUGCAGGAGCUGCCCAAGCAUGCCAUCAUCGUUGGUGCUGGCUACAUCGCUUGCGAGUUUGCCACCAUUUUCAGCGGCUGCGGAGCGAAGGUCACUCAGAUUUUCAGGAAGCCGUACGUGUUGACCGGCUUCGACAACGACGUACAGCUCGCCGUCAUGGACGAGGGUAAGAAACAGGGCAUCAACUUCAUGCCGAGCACGCAAGUGACCGCCAUUGAGAAGACCGAUGCGGGCUACGUGUGCCAGCUGGACAACGGGCAGACCGUCACCGGCGAUGUGGUGAUGUACGCCACGGGCAGAGUCCCCAACUCGGCCAACCUUGGUCUGGAGAACGCGGGCGUGAAGAUUGACCAGCAGGGCGCCAUCGUUGUCGAUGAAUGGUCACGCACCUCCGUGCCCAGCAUCUACGCCGUGGGUGACAUCACCAACCGCAUCAACCUUACUCCUGUCGCUUUGGCUGAGGGCCACGCUCUGGCCGACACUCUCUACAACAACCUGCCUCGCACGGCCGAUCACACCAACGUGCCCUCUGCCGUGUUCACAUCGCCGCCGGUGUCGUGCGUGGGCUACACCGAGACGCAGGCCCGACAGGUCUACGGUGAGAUCGAUGUCUACGUCUCCAAGUUUACGCCCCUCAGGCACACCCUGUCCAAGCGUGACGAGAAGACCUUCAUGAAGCUCAUCGUCGACAGGAAGACCGACCGAGUCGUUGGCGCUCACAUGGUCGGUGCCGACGCCCCCGAGAUCAUCCAGGGCGUGGCGAUCGCUGUCAAGUGCGGCGCCACCAAGAAGCAGUUUGAUUCCACCGUCGGCCUCCACCCGUCCGCGGCCGAGGAGUUCGUGACCAUGCGAACCAAGAGGGAGUAG